GGGGCUGGGAAAGUUGAGGCCGCGCUGCUGCCGGGUCUCCGGCCUUGAGGGCUAGAGCUCGCAGCGGCGGCGGUGGCCGCAAGAAGAGGCGGCGGGGGCGGGGGGAGAGGAGGGCUUGGGCCCGCGCUCCCCCAGCCCCAGAGGAGCAGGCGGCGGCCGCGGACGGAGAGAUUCGCCCGGGUGGUCGGACACCCCUGCCGUACCCGCCUGAGAUCAUGACCCAGGCGGGGGUCGCCGCCGCCACCGCCGCCGCCGCCGCGGCCAAGACCACGCAGCCCGCGGUAAGAAGAAGACAUAACUUAUAGACCAUCUUCUGGCAGAAGAUGAUAGAUUUGGAUCAGAAACGGGAGGCGUUGGAAGCCAGGAGUCAAAAGUGAAGAAAUUCUGCAAGCCUGUGGGUUCCUAUCACUGUAACCAUGCCAGAAAUGACAGAAAAUGAGACUCCUACAAAAAAGCAGCACAGAAAGAAAAACCGGGAGACACACAAUGCAGUGGAGAGGCAUAGAAAGAAGAAAAUCAAUGCUGGGAUAAACAGAAUUGGAGAGCUGAUCCCAUGUUCCCCUGCCCUGAAACAGAGCAAGAAUAUGAUCCUGGACCAAGCCUUUAAAUAUAUAACAGAGUUGAAAAGGCAAAAUGAUGAACUCCUGCUUAACGGAGGAAACAGUGAACAAGCUGAAGAAAUUAAAAAGCUACGUAAACAACUGGAAGAAAUUCAAAAGGAAAACGGCCGAUACAUUGAAUUACUAAAAGCAAACGACAUAUGUUUAUAUGAUGACCCUACCAUCCACUGGAAAGGAAAUCUUAAAAACUCAAAGGUCUCUGUUGUUAUUCCCAGUGACCAGGUUCAAAAAAAUAUCAUUGUUUAUUCCAAUGGGAGUCAGCCUGGUGGAAACAGCCAGGGAACAGCUGUUCAAGGGAUAACCUUUAAUGUUGGUCAUAAUUUACAAAAGCAGACUGCCAACGUGGUGCCAGUGCAGAGGACUUGCAAUCUUGUGACUCCAGUGUCUAUUUCUGGAGUUUACCCUCCCGAAAACAAGCCAUGGCAGCAGACUACAGUUUCUGCAUUGGCUGCCAACCAGCCUGUUCCCCUUUGUCUUCCUGCUACCAUUUCUGCUCAAAAUAUUCUCGAGCUUUCCACCUCCGAAAGCGAAUCGAGUAUGCUCAGUGCCACCAGUGGCUCACUGAUCGCUGUUCCCGUUGGGCCUGAACCUCCCCAGCAUCGUUCCCUGCACCCAUGUCUAAAUGAUCAAAAUUCUUCUGAAAAUAAGAACGGGCACGAGAGCCCCAAAUUAUUGAAGAAAACAGUCCCUUGUGCCACAAGCAUCUCCAGCCCCUCAGCAACUGCCACUAAAGUGCACUCUGGAAGCAAGUCCUGCUCAAGCACACAGGAUUUCAGAAGUGAUUUUCAAACCACUUUUGUUGUUUCUGUUACCACCACGAUCUGCUCCCAGCCUUCCAGAUCUGUGAGUGACUCUUGUCCAGCGAGCACGAGCAAGGGUGCAGACUUGACAAGUGUUACCGCCGUGGUGGCCUCAUCUGCCCCUGGAGGAGGGAAGACCACCACUCCUGUCAGCUCCCUUUCUGCAAACCCAAUAGACAAUGGUUGGACCCUUUCUUGUUCUUUGCCUUCUUCAGCUGUUAGUGCUUCAGAUUUAAAAAACAUGAAUAGCCUUACCCGAAUUUCCUCAGCUGGAAACACGCAGACGACAUGGACUACUUUGCAAUUGGCAGGAAACACUAUUCAGCCCUUAAGCCAGACACCGUCUUCUGCUGUGACUCCAGUAUUAAGUGAGUCUGGUACCAGCCCCACCACAGCCAACCACAGUAGACAGGUGGCUCCAGGCAUCAACCUGAAUACUUCCUUUCUAGCAGAUGUGCAGCCAGUUGAGCAAGUAGUUGUAACCUUGCCUUCUUGUCCAUCCUUACCUAUGCAGCCACUGAUUGCCCAGCCACAAGUUAAAUCUCAGCCUCCAAAAAAUAUCCUUCCAUUGAAUUCAGCAAUGCAAGUGAUUCAGAUGGCUCAGCCAGUGGGGUCAGCUGUGAAUGCAGCCCCAGCUAAUCCAAACGUGAUCAUUCUUCAGCCACCCAGCACCACCCCGUGCCCAACAAUGAUGAGGGCAGAGGUUCCCAACCAAACAGUAGGUCAGCAGAUAGUGAUCAUACAGGCAGCUAAUCAGAAUCCUUUGCCACUCCUCUCGGCUCCACCCCCUGGUUCUGUUCGACUCCCUGUCAAUGGAGCCAAUGCGAUAAUAGGGUCUAAUAAUUCAGUGCAAAAUGUUUCGACUCCACAAACUUUUGGAGGUAAACAUCUUGUCCACAUAUUACCAAGACCUUCAUCUUUAUCAACAUCUAAUUCAACACAAACUUUCUCUGUUACCAUGUCAAACCAACCACAACAGCCUCAAACCAUUUCUUUAAAUGGACAGCUCUUUGCUUUGCAGCCUGUGAUGUCUUCAUCAGGAACUACAAGUCAAACCCCUAUGCAAAUUAUUCAGCCCACCACCAGCGAAGAUCCAAAUACCAAUGUUGCCCUGAAUACAUUUGGCGCUUUGGCCAGCCUCAAUCAAAGUAUAUCACAGAUGGCUGGGCAAAGCUGUGUACAAUUGUCUAUUAGCCAGCCUGCGAAUCCUCCGAUUGCUGCAAAUAGUCAGACCACCCCGGCUAACUGUGUUUCAUUAACAACCACUGUAGCACCUCCUAUGACAACAGAUAAUUCAGCCACACUACCCAGUACUUAUAAUCUAGUGACCACUCCCUCAGUGAACACUGUGGCUUGUUUGCCUAACAUGAAGUCCAAAAGGUUGAAUAAGAAGCCAAGUGGCAAGAAACACUUAGCUGUUAACAAGUCAGCCUGCACCCUGAAUCCAGUCAGAGAUGUGGGCAAGUUAGACCUCCCCAGCACCGAAGGCUCAGCAGAGCCAUCGUGUAAUGAUGGACUGCUGGACAGCCUCCCUGUUGUGUUGCCCUCUGUCACUGUGUCCCAGGCAAAUAGUGUAAGUGUUUCUGGUUCACAUUCUUUGGAUGUUCUCAACUCUGAACCCGUGAUACCUGAGUCUGUACCUAAAUCUAAGUCAGCAGAAGAGUCUAGCUUGCCCUCCCAAGAAUCCGUGACAAGUGAACAUUUUGCAGUAGCCCCAGCAAAAUCCAAAGAUUCUUCCCCCAUUUUGCAACGAGAGAUGUCUCAGGAUAAGCCACCAAUUGGUUUGGCAUUGCCAGAUGCUGCCAAAUCCUGCACUUCCGCCAACGUGUUGAUUUCACCUGCAACUGAUCCCCAUGCUUUGGUUUCUCAGGUUUCUGAUUUGUCAUCUACCACGAGCACUUCAAGUACAGACUGUGUUUCUGAGGUAGAAGUCAUUGCUGAACCUUGCAGGGCUGAGCAAGAUCCAUCAGAUACAGUGCAAACCACAGGUCUCUUAAAGGGGCAGGGUUUAACUGCAUUGCUGUCUGGUCUUGCUAAAGAAAAAGACCCUCAGAAAUCAUCUCUUUCAGUCCAGGUGGACCCUCCUGACUUUUCUUCAGGAAAUUCUAAGAUAGUUGAUUCAAAUGUUGAUUUACAUCCGAAACAGGAGCUGUUACUGAUGAACAGUGAUGACAGAGAUCCAGGACAGCAUCAUUCCUGCAUCCCUGAUCAGGAGGUUAUUAAUGGCUCUUUGCUCAGUAGGCAGGCUGACUCUCCCAUGUCGACCAGCUCGGGCAGUAGUCGUAGUUUCUCAGUUGCAUCCAUGCUUCCUGAGACAUCUAGAGAGGAUGUCACCAGCAAUGCGACGACUAAUACGUGUGACAGCUGCACCUUUGUGGAGCAAACUGAUAUCGUCGCUCUGGCAGCGAGGGCUAUUUUUGACCAGGAGAACCUCGAGAAGGGAAGAGCUGGUACCCAGGCUGAUAUAAGGGAAGUUACUUCAAAAUCUUCUGAAGCAUCCUCUUUAGAGGGAGACCAGCCUUUCAAAACACAGAUAUCUAAAGAGAAUGGCCCAGGACAGGCAGAAGCAACACCAAAUGAAUUUCAUUCUCAGGAUUCGGUCGAAGCAACUGUGGAUAGGCCCCUUGAAAAACCAAGUUGUUCUAUAGGAAUUAAAACGUCAAAUGCUGCUUUACAGGUUUCCACUUCUCAGCCACCAACCAUCACCAGUUUAAGUGUGAACAAUCUUAUCCAUCAGAGCAGCAUCAACCAUCCUCUGGUCAGCUGCGCUGGUUUAUCCCAAACUUCAGAGCAAGCAACUGUUCCAGCCACGGUUAAUCUGACGGUUUCAUCUAGCUCCUAUGGCAGUCAGCCCCCCGGACCGUCUCUGAUGACCGAAUACUCCCAAGAACAGCUAAAUACCAUGGCUGGUACCCUACCAAAUCCACAGAUUCAAGAGUCCCUCUUAAAGCCAAGUCAUGAAAACCGCAAAGACUCUGCUAAGCGUGCUGUCCAAGAUGACCUCUUACUGUCUUCAGCCAAACGUCAAAAGCACUGUCAACCAGCCCCCCUCCGGCUUGAGGGUCUGUCCCUGAUGAGCCGAACUCCAGACAGCAUUUCCGAGCAAACUCAAAUGAUGAUUGGUCAGAUCCCUCCCAACUCUUCAAAUUCUGUUGUGCCAAUCAGCAACCCCACCCAUGGAGAUGGCCUUACACGAUUAUUUCCACCCGGUAACAACUUCGUGGCCCCUGCACUGAGGCAGAAUGAGGUUCAGUGCAGUUCUCAGCCUUCUGUUGCUGAGCAGCAACAAACCCAGGCCAGCCAACAUCUGCAGGCCCUGCAACAGCAUGUUCCAGCUCAAGGGGUCCCUCACCUGCACAGUAAUCAUCUCUACUUAAAGCAGCAGCAGCAGCAGCAGCAGCAGCAACAGCAGCAAGCAGGGCAGUUAAGAGAAAGGCAUCACUUAUAUCAACUGCAGCAUCACGUCCCUCACGCAGAGAGCUCUGUCCACUCUCAGCCCCACAGCAUCCACCAACAGAGAACUCUGCAACAGGAAGUUCAGAUGCAGAAGAAGAGGAAUCUUGUUCAGGGCACUCAGACCUCUCAGCUUGCUUUACAACCCAAGCACCACGGAAAUGACCAGUCCCGACCCAAGAGUGGUCAGCCUCACCCCCACCAUCAGCAGAUGCAGCAGCAGAUGCAGCAGCACUUCGGGAGCUCCCAGCCCGAGAAGAGUUGUGAAAACCCCUCAACGAGCCGGAACCACCAUAACCAUCCCCAGAACCAUCUCAACCAAGACAUUAUGCACCAGCAGCAGGAUGUAGGAAGCCGGCCACAAGGCUCAGGGGUUUCUUCUGAACAUGUACCUGGGCAUAAUCCAAUGCAGAGGCUUUUGACAUCAAGAGGCAUAGAGCAGCAGAUGGUCUCCCAACCAAGUAUUGUGACGAGGCCUUCCGACAUGACCUGUACUCCACACAGGCCAGAGAGAAAUAGAGUUUCAAGUUAUUCUGCGGAGGCACUCAUUGGAAAGACAUCUUCUAAUUCAGAGCAGAGAAUGGGUAUAUCGAUUCAGGGUUCCAGAGUUUCCGAUCAGCUUGAAAUGAGAAGCUACCUUGAUGUUCCCAGAAAUAAGAGUUUGGCCAUUCAUAAUAUGCAGGGUCGUGUGGACCAUACCGUUGCCUCAGAUAUCCGCCUUUCUGACUGUCAGACAUUUAAACCAAGUGGAGCCAGUCAGCAGCCUCAGAGUAAUUUUGAAGUACAGUCUUCAAGAAAUAAUGAAAUAGGUAACCCUGUGUCCUCCUUGAGGAGUAUGCAGUCCCAGGCUUUUCGAAUUAGUCAGAACCCUGGUCCACCACCAAUUGACCGCCAAAAGAGAUUACCUUAUCCACCAGUUCAGAGCAUCCCGACCGGAAAUGCCAUCCCACCAAGGGACAGUGAAAAUACAUGUCACCAGAGUUUCAUGCAGAGUUUACUUGCCCCUCACCUUGGUGAUCAGGUCAUUGGGAGCCAGAGAUCGCUCUCAGAACAUCAGAGGAAUACACAGUGUGGCCCACCUUCUGCAAUUGAAUAUAAUUGUCCCCCAACUCAUGAAAGUGUCCAUAUUAGAAGAGAGGGUGAGAGUCAGAAUCGGGAGAGUUGUGACAUGUCCCUAGGGGCAAUUAACACCAGGAACAGCACCUUGAAUAUUCCUUUUUCGAGUUCUUCUUCUUCAGGAGAUAUUCAAGGUCGAAAUACAAGUCCCAAUGUUUCUGUGCAGAAGUCCAAUCCCAUGAGGAUUACUGACAGUCACGGGACCAAGGGCCACAUGAACCCUCCAGUCACAAGCAACAUGCAUGGGGUUGCAAGGCCAGCUCUGCCACAUCCGUCUGUGUCUCAUGGAAACACUGACCAAGGGCCUCCCGUACGUCAGACUAAUUCUUCAGUUCCCCAGCGAUCAAGACAUCCCUUGCAAGACAGCAGUGGUUCCAAAAUUCGUCAGCCUGAAAGGAAUCGCUCUGGAAACCAAAGACAUAGUAAUGUCUUUGAUCCAAGUCUUCCCCACCUUCCUCUGUCUACUAGUGGCAGUAUGAUUCUUGGACGCCAGCAACCCACUGCAGAAAAGAGAGGAAGUAUUGUUCGUUUCAUGCCUGAUAGCCCACAAGUUCCGAAUGACAAUUCAGCGCCUGACCAGCACACACUAUCACAAAAUUUUGGUUUUCCUUUUAUUCCCGAGGGUGGCAUGAAUCCACCAAUAAACGCGAAUACUUCUUUCAUUCCACAGGUUACUCAGCCUAGUGCCACUCGGACUCCAGCCCUUAUCCCUGUAGAUCCCCAAAAUACUCUACCUUCCUUCUAUCCCCCAUACUCUCCUGCUCACCCUACACUGUCCAAUGAUAUUUCCAUCCCCUACUUUUCUAAUCAAAUGUUCUCAAAUCCUAGCACAGAGAAGGUAAACAGUGGAACUUUAAAUAACCGAUUUGGAUCCAUUUUAUCUCCUCCCAGACCUGUUGGUUUUGCCCAACCAAGUUUUCCUCUUCUCCCUGAUAUGCCACCAAUGCACAUGACCAACUCUCACUUAUCCAAUUUUAAUAUGACAUCUUUGUUUCCAGAAAUAGCUACAGCUCUUCCGGAUGGCUCAGCAAUGUCACCUUUGCUUACAAUAGCAAACUCCUCUGCCUCCGACUCUUCCAAGCAGUCCUCAAACAGACCUGCCCACAACAUAAGCCAUAUUUUAGGUCAUGAUUGCAGUUCAGCUGUUUAAAUGCAGAUCAACUGAACGUAAAUGUAAUGGGUGAGAUUAUAGACAUGUAUUUGUGUGUUUAUACACACAUACCUGCACAGGAAGAGAGAGAUUGUGUGUGUAUCUCCUUGUGUCUGUAUAAUCAAUUUCCAAUUAUCUUCUGAAUGUAAGGAAGCCAUGUCAGAAACGAUGUGAAUACUGGGUUGUCAAAAACAAAUUAUCAUUCAUUUUCAACUGCAUGGUGUGCUUUUGAAAUUUUCCAAGCAGAUUUGCAUUUUCAAGUUUGAUUUGUAAUCUGAUAUCCCCUAGAUACUCAUUGACUGGAAGUUGGGGGAGGUCAUCUUGGAGUGUGCUUGGGUGGUAGGAAGGAACCUAGAUUUUAAUCUUACUUGAUUGUUGAUAAUUUGUAAAAUAGAUAGUUGAGGUAGUUGAGUUGCUCUCCAAAAAUACAGACAGUUCGAUGUAACACAAUGGCUCAUAACCAACUGCGGGCCAGUGUCAGUGUGUAGAACAGUCUCUCAUCCACGGCAGGUCUUGAAUUCAUGUAGAAUGAAUGUGCAUGAUUAAAGUCGAGCAGUUAGCAAAUAAAUGAGUUCUUUAAUCAACCUUUAUUACCCAGGUUUGGUUUAGGUAGAGGCUUCUUCCUUGAUUAUAACAAUGCAUAAAUUGUCUGAAUUUCAUGUCUUGUUCUCCAAAUGAGGGAGCCGUGUUAUCCUCUAAUGUGCCAAGAUCCUGUAAAGCAAAGGUCUUCCUUAAACAAGUAGCCUUAAAAAUGGAAAGCUAAAGAGCGAAGUACAUCGAUGUUCUCCAUCUUGUGCUUGCGCACUGCAUCAGGAUAGAAGCGGCUGUGCUGUGGAGUUGUGCACGUGUUCAGUUAAAGAUGGUUGCUUCAUCAGUUGAGUGUUGUUUUAGUUUUCUCUCUUCAUUCUAUUUAUUCGAUCUUGACAUAAGUUCUUUUACAUUUGUUUAAUCAUCAGGGGCUGAUCAGUAAAUAGUGCGUUUGGAAUCUACAUAAUUAUGUGAGCCUUACUUUUUGAGUAUUUCUGAGCAGAGUCUUAAGCUCUGUCAAUAUUUUCAUUUGCUGAUAUUUAUAUUUAAAAUACGACAUUGUGUAUUGCAUUAUUACCCUUCAUAGUAGAAUCAUCAUGAGAGGAUGAAUUUGUUCAUUAUUUUUUCUGAUGGUAGAUGUGAAAUGGUGCUUCAAAAAAUGGUCUUUAUAUACGUCUGCGUAUGUGAGUGUGUGUGCACUCAGACAUAGAUUUUAAAGUGGCUCUUUAAAAACAGGCCUGCCAUCUGAAAAUGGGAAAUUGGGACCUGAGACCUGCUGACAUGUAGAAGAACCUGAUGUAGGGCUUCUUUAAAGCCCCACUAAAGUUAGUAAUACAUUUUUUAAAAUGUAUACUCAAAAUUCAUCUAUUGAAUUCUGAAAACUUUAUUAAAAACUAAGAAAACAGUUAUAUACACUCAUAUUCUAAACCCAUUACUUUUUUGUUGUGGUUACAUUCUGCCAAAAAUGGGGCGGAGAGGGAGAGAUGCAGAGACAGUGUUCUGUCUGCUCUGUUAACAAAGUGAAGCCAAGGACCAGCAUUUUGUUUUUUUCUGCUUAAAAAAGCCUCCUAAGGCUUGGUAAGAGCAGUUAACUCCAGCGGAUACCUCUACUAAAGACUCAGCAAAAGGGUCGUCUGUGCCUCUUCAGCUGUUCUCACCGGACCCUCCUGUCUCUUCCCGCCGCCGGCUGAAGCCACCUCCUAAGGGCAAAAAAAUACUGAAAACAAGAGAAACAUCUAUAUUUUCUCCCUUCAAAAUGGUUUCAGGGAGGAAUAGGAGAGCUUUGUGAAUAAGUUACUUACACAAGGCAACACCAUAUUAACGUUUAAUUGAGAAAAAAUGUGAGAUUUAUAACUUAAAAAAAUCAUCGUAACUAAGUUUUAAGCUUCAACAUUCAGAUUUUUCUUUGUACUUGAAAGGUCCAAUCUGCCAGUUUCAAGGAAGGUUUUCAAUGGGUUCAGCUGUUCAUCCUCCCUCCCUCUCCCUUUCUCAUGGCUCUUUCUGUCUCUGCCCUCCCACCUCGCCCCCUCAGCCCCGCUCCCCCCGCACAGUGGCUGUUAGGUUCUGAAGAACCAGGGACUGUUGGAAUUGAAACUAAGGUCACAGGUAAGGAGAAGCUCGAUUUGAACAUUGCAGUGGAAGAGCCUCAAGCCUGGUUGGUACUUGCAGGCAAUUCUCUGUUGCAUCAAUUGUAUUUUUCUGCUCAGCAAUGUUUAGAGAUAGCAUUUACAUUCCUCAGGGCUUUCAUUCCAAGCAUAGAACACCUUGAUCCCUAAUGAGUCUCUACCCCGAAGUAAGGCUUAUUUGACCAUCUGAGGAAAGAGGUGACCAUCUGCAAGUAACAGGGCCCCUGCUUACAUGUAGCUCUAAUUAUCUUAUAGGCGUGUGCAUAUAUGAGGCCAUUUUAUAUAGAAAUUAAAUUCUGAAGGUGUUCAGAGCACAGUAAUCUUAUUUGAUUUAUAAGCAUGAAUGUAUGAGAUUUACCAGCAGUAUUAAGUAUUUUAAUAAUUAGAGCUACAUGAUUUGGGGAAGGAAAUUUAUUAUUUAAUAUCUAGUGAUCUCUGGAUUAUAGUUUUUGGUGAAGGAAUGGCAGAGAAAUCGUCAAUUUUGGUUAUAGUAAAUUUAAUGUUAUUCAUGCCUCACUAAUAUAUGUCUAUAGAAUAUAAAGCCACUUUCACAAAUAAAUUUGUAAUUUCUAGAAAUACACAGACUUAUGUAUAAGUGAGUCCUUGAUUAAAUAAUUUUUCUCUCUCAUAUUGUUAUUGGUCAUACAGAAUCAGCUUCAGAAAGUAGUUGGUUCAUCUAAACAUUUAACACAGUAGCUUCUGACGAGGUGAAUAAUUUUAGAUUUCUCAUCAUGUAAAAACUUAAAUGUGUCAGUUACGGAUAAAAGAAAUCAACUUUGGUUUUGUUUUUUUUUUUUGUACAUAUAGGUUGUUUUGGGAUGUUUUAUACUGCUUCAGGAAAUUUAUUUUUGUUUUUAUCAUAAGAUCUCUGGGGUGUACCAGAGCUGGCACCCUUCUUCUAAGUAAGGAGUGAGAAUUCCAGAGUGAUCAUGCUUUAUAAAAUGUAACGUAUCAGAGAAGAUUGAGGAGGGAAUGUUCUUUUGUAGCGAUUUUCAGUCACAUAUCAGGGUGAACUGCAAUGAGGAUCAACUUUUAAAAAUCAGCCUUCUUAAAAUACAAAAUUAUUCAAACACUUUAAAGAUAAUUCAUUUGCCUUGCUCUUGCCUUCUGACAUGAGCUAUUUUAUGGAGAGGCUAAAAUUUAUACUCCAAAAAAAUGUGGAAAUACAUUUUAAUGAGAGUAAAGUUUUGAAAAUUUGAGAAAGUGUAAAGACUCACUAAUACGCCUCCUCUUAGCUCUGUCCUUCCUUUGAUACAUAAAUACCCAGGCCCUUAUUUUCUUCCAUCUGCACCAUGUCAAACAGGUGGCAGGGACCGUGGUCAUUUCCUUAGCAGGGUGAUUAGCCUCUGCCUUGAAACACUGAUUGGGUGGGGUCCAGCAUCUACAGGAUCAGCGUGUGAAAGGGACUCAUGCUCCCAAAUCAGUGACUCCCAGUGCCUGGCUUUGGGAACCACUGCAUCUCCUUCUCUACUAAGGGGUAACAAGAAUUUCUCAAAACAGAAGUAGUUCAAGUUGAUUUAAAAUAUUUGAUGUGCCAUAUAGUUCUGUUCCUUGUUUUGGAGAACUUGUUUUUUUCAAUCCCAUGGAGGAGUAAAGAAAGGCAAAGGUGGUACCAAAAUCAGAUGGCUUUGGUUUGAUAUCCUUAGGAACCUGGAAGUCAUUGUUCUGUUGUCUCUGUUAAUCCUGCCUUUGCCCGGAGAUCAUCACCUAUGGCUGUGUACUUCCAGAGGGCAAUAAUACUCAGUGAUAAUGUUAUGAAAUCUGUAUGCAAAUUAAAGGGCAGAAAUUAGUUGCUUCUCAGAUACCUUUUUGGCUGAGUGAUAUCAUUUCUCCUUCCCCAGAAUUCAACGUAAAAAGGUCUUUUUUUUCUUUUCCACUUAACCAUAUUCUCCCUGCAUUCUACACUUCCUUUGUGCACGUAAGAGUGUUUCUGCUGGAGUCUGUGAGGGACAAGUGUAGAUGGAGGCAAUCCGGGUGUGCAGGUAAGAAGUGUUGAGGGCCUUCUCAGACCCAGAGCUUCUAACGCCCACCUGCCUCUACCCUGGGACCGCACUUUACCCGCAGCCGUGCCUCUGGUCCUAAGGCUGGCCAUUGGAACGCACUGCUCACCCACUCCCCUGUUAAGAGCAACGGGCCAGCCAGGAUGGCACGUGCUCAGUGUAAUCCAACACCUCGACGCCAAGUACAGCUGAUUUUUCUCACUGUUGCCUUACGUUCUCUGAGCCAUCCUUGAUGCCGAUCUUGUAAAAAAGCUUACUAGUUAGAAGCAAAACUCCUUUUAAACUCAGAGCUUGAAUGUGGUGGUCAUUCAACAUCCUUAUUUCUAGAUUUGCACAAACCCCAUCAACUGUAAUCUUUGUCUGGCACACGCAUGUGUUCAGAUGCUUCAAAAACAUCAGCCAACUCCGGUUGAAAACAUUGGGGAUAAUAUCCAAAUUGGUGUUAUUUUGGAUGACUGCAAAAUCUGUCACUAGAGAUUUCAUGAGACAUAGAAGAUAAUUCUUCAUUUGUAAUUUAACACUUUUUUUAAAGAUCAUUAAUUUUUUUUUUUUGGCCCAUUUGUGUGUACAACUAUACACCAAACUAUGUCAUAGGAACUAAAAGUUUACUCCAUGUAAAUCCUCUCUUCACUUUUCUGGAUCUCUGCUCCCUCAUCCCCUAAGUCUUAGAACCAUUUUUCAUCUGUGAGGUCACUGAGGCACUGGACUUGACUAUAUUGGUUAACCUUUACAGGGAGUUGAACUGUUGAUCUUCCAAGAAGAAAGGGACCAGACAGUGUUGCUCAAAAUGCUGCAGCUGUGUUACUGUGAAGAAAAGAUUUGCUUCCACUUUCAACAAGAGAUAUAUAUAUAUAUAUGUGUGUAUGUGUGUGUGUAUGUGUGUGUAUACACACAUAUAUAUUCAUUUCAGUAAAAAUGGGUGGAAAAAUCUGAGAACAUAGUUACCUUCACAAAUUAUUUAUAGAUACACUGGGUGAGAAGCUUACUGUAGGGCAAUCACCAGAAAAAAUCUAACUGUAGUGCUUUCGAUAGUGUAUGUAAUAUUUGUAUCUAUUCUCACGCCAGCAAUGUCUGCUGUGCACUGUGUCCUAUUACUGUAAAUCACCUGGUUUAUAAUUCUAAUGGGAACUAAUUUGUUUUGUAAUGGAAUCCAGAGCAGAUAUGUAUAAUAUGAUCAGGAUUGUCCUACAGUUGUAAAUAAGAAUAGGUCCCGUUUAUUUUGACAUCUUUUUACAAAUGCAUUGUAUUAGGGUGUGAAUAUUCUGAACCAUGCUCUUGUUUAAAGUUUUAAAAUUUUUAUUGGUAAAUGUAACAUUUUAAUGGUUGUAAUAAUUAUUUGUAUAGAUAUGAAUAUAGUAUUUUAUUUAAGAAAAUAAACUUUGCAUUUUUGCAUUGUGAA